GAGACACCAGAAGCAGCGCUACGUCCAGCUAACCGCAGACACAUCUGGUACGACAAUGGCUCCCCCGACUCUUUAUAACAACCCUUUGAGUCCUCCAUGUCGUCUUGUACGUUUGGUGGCUGGUAUCAUCGGAGUUGACCUGAAAAUAGUGAAUGGUACUGACAUGAAGUCGCCUGAAAUGUUGAAGAAAGUUCCUCAGCACACUGUUCCCGCAUUGGAAGACAAUGGCCUGUAUCUUGCUGAAAGCCGUGCCAUUGCCAUGUACCUCAUCUCAAAGUACGCGAAGGAUGACUCUCUCUACCCGAAGGAUGUAAGCAAACGUGUCCUCGUCGACCAGAGGCUAUUUUUUGAUCAAGAUUUGUACAACAGAAUUUUGAGUGUUUUCCUGCCAAAAUUUUUUGGCAAACCGAUGGAUCCCAGCAGCGUCGAUAAAGUGAACGACGGUCUGGAGACUUUGAACCGAAUGCUGGAUGGCAAACAGUGGCUGGCCGGAGACAAGAUCACACUUGCUGAUUACGCUGUCGCUAAUUCUCUGUCAGCGUUGGAGUUUGCUCCAGAAAGUGGAAUUGACCCUACGAAGCAGCCUAACAUCAAGCAGUGGCUUCCACGUGUUGAAAGUUCCCAUCCAAAAUACGGAGAAAGCCUCAAAGAAUUCCGUGAGGGCUUGAAGAAAAUGGCGCAGAAGUAAAAGCACAUACUAUUUACUGGUUUUGUAUUUAUGUAAUAAAAUGUUAACAGUCAUCUAGUCAAAUAAAGUUUAUUAACAA